UUUGAUGAGAAGGAAAAUGUUUCCAACUGUAUUCAACUGAAGACCUCGGUAAUCAAAGGCAUCAAAAACCAGCUGUUGGACCAGUUUUCAGACAUUGAGUCAUGGCUCAACCAUAUCAUGCCAAAAAAGGACCCUGUCAAAAUAGUGAGAUGGUAAGUCAAGAAGAUAACAUUUUCUUCCCUUCUCAGUGGCUGUGUUCGAGAUCAUCAAAUCCAUUAUGUAUUGUGGGUAAAUGCUGACUGACUGAUCUACAAAUAAAUGUAGUUAUUUGAUGCAAGGUUGAUCAGCCAGUCGGCAGUCGCCUGCACUGUUGGCUGCAAUUUCGAACAAGGCCAUUGUUUUUGGAUAUUUAUUGAUCCCGGUUAACCAAGAAAUAAAAUCUUGCAUAAUUUGUCAGUCCACAAGAUAUCAGAUAUUUGUUGACAUCAGUUUGACUAGCCCAAGAUGGGCUGUUAAGGAGUGUAGGCUAGUCUACUCCUUACGGUCCAAGGCGCUUAUAAGUUAUAUCCAGUGACGAACUGGCUCUGGCAGCCAAAACAGUCCGAAACUCCAUCUCAACGUGAAUGGAUUCUCAAUUGUGAUACGGUUCUGGAAGCAUAAGGCCCUCUACUUUCAUAUCAUAUCAUGGUGGUCCUCUGUAGCUCAGCUGGUAGAGCACGGCGCUUGUAACGCCAAGGUAGUGGGUUCGAUCCCCGGGACCACCCAUACACAAAAAUGUAUGCACGCAUGACUGUAAGUCGCUUUGGAUAAAAGCGUCUGCUAAAUGGCAUAUUAAUUAAUAUUAAUAUCAAAAUAAUUGUACAAAGAAAAAACGUAUACUUGCUGUACACAGUUUUAACACAGUUGCAGCCGAUAACACUUUUCUAGCUUCCUUCUUCUGUUAUACACAGGUGUUUGGAGACGCUGGAUAGCUAAUUAGCAACAGGUGGUCACCUUUCUCUCCCAUAAACAAGCCUGAGAGUUGGAAUAACAUGGAAAUCUGACCGUGUGGGAUCAGUGUUAAAAAGGUUUAUAGUAAUUCAACUUUUUGUGUUUUUUAUCGAUGAUAUGAAAGUAAAGUUCCAAAGGUUUACAAAACCAUAUCGCAAGUAAUAUUAACGUUUAGACAGAGCGUUGGGACUGUUGUACACAUUGGCCGUGCCGCAUUGCAUGCUUCGGUUGAGAACCCAAGAGGUCUGGGUAUAGCCCCCCUUGGGUGAACGAGAGCAACUGUUUGACAUGUUUUGUGUUCCAUCAUCCAACCUGCAGCCAUGAACACAUUGAAAUCUUGACAGUGAAUGGAGAAUUGCUCUUCUUCAGACAAAGAGAAGGACCGUUCUACCCAACUCUCCGACUGCUGCAUAAGUGUAAGACCUCUGCUCUUUUUGAUGGGCAGGGACUGUGUCUGUUGAAUUACUAUGGGGUAUAUCCAUUUGAAGUCAAUCACUUUUUGACAGCACCCCUUUUGAUUUGAACAAAACUUUCCAUACAUAUUUGCCCAUUGUAGAAGUGCUCAGAAAGUGACUUUUUGCCAAAAUGUUGACUUGAAUGGGAAUAUCUGUUGUUUUAAAUUAUACUGUCAGUCCUCCAUAGGAAACCUAUUGAAAUCAUAGAAAUAUAGAUCAUAGAAUAGACAUGACCAUUUAAGUUGAUAUUUGACGGUGGGUGGACCCGCGACCAUCUUUAUGGUAGUAAUUAGAAGUUAAAAUGUCAAAUCAAUUGACAUUUCAAUGGUGUACCAGCUAAAUUGCAGUGGUCUGAAGGGAUAGGUCCAUUCAGUUAAUUAUAUUUAUGUUUAUGAAAUGCACAUUGUUAUAUUUGCUAACACAUUUUCCUUGACUCCAACCCCAUUCGAUGCGCUGGACAUACAGUUGAAGUCAGAAGUUUGCAUACACCUUUAAACUCAGUUUUUCACAAUUCCUGACAUUUAGGUCAGUUAGGAUCACCACUUUAUUUUAAGAAUGUGAAAUGUCAGAAUAAUAGUAGAGAGAGUGAUUUAUUUCAGCUUUUAUUUAUUUCAUCACAUUCCCAGUGGGUCAGAAGUUUACAUACACUCAAUAGUAUUUGGUAGCAUUACCUUUAAAUUGUUUAACUUGGGUCAAAUGUUUCGGGUAGCCUUCCACAAGCUUCCCACAAUAAGUUGGGUGAAUUUUGGCCCAUUCCUCCUGACAGAGCUGGUGUAACUGAGACAGGUUUGUAGGCCUCCUUGCUCACACACGCUUUUUCAGUUCUGCUCACAAAUGUUCUAUAGGAUUGAGGUCAGGGCUUUGUGAUGGCCACUCCAAUACCUUGACUUUGUUGUCCUUAAGCCAUUUUGCCACAACUUUGGAAGUAUGCUUGGGGUCAUUGUCCAUUUGGAAGACCCAUUUGCGACCAAGCUUUAACUUCCUGACUGAUGUCUUGAGAUGUUGCUUCAAUAUAUCCACAUAAUUUUCCUUCCUCAUGAUGCGAUCUAUUUUGUGAAGUGCACCAGUCCCUCCUGCAGCAAAGCAACCCCACAGCAUUAUGCUGCCACCCCCGUGCUUCACGGUUGGGAUGGUGUUCUUCGGCUUGCAAGCGACCCCCUUUUUCCUCCAAACAUAAUGAUGGUCAGUAUGGCCAAACAGUUCUAUUUUUAUUUCAUCAGACCAGAAGACAUUUCUACAAAAAGUACAAUCUUUGUCCCCAUGUGCAGUUGCAAACCGUAGUCUGGCUUUUGUAUGGCGGUUUUGGAGCAGUGGCUUCUUCCUUGCUGAGCGGCCUUUCAGGUUAUGUCGAUAUAGGACUCGUUUUACUGUGGAUAUAGAUACUUUUGUACCUGUUUCCUCCAGCAUCUUCACAAGGUCCUUUGCUGUUGUUGUAGGAUUAAUUUGCACUUUUCUUACCAAAGUAUGUUCAUCUCUAGGAGACAGAACGCGUCUCCUUCCUGAGCGUUAUGACGGCUGCGUGUUCCCAUGAUGUUUAUACUUGCGUAGUAUUGUUUGUAGAGAUGAACGUGGUACCAUCAGGCGUUUGGAAAUUGCUCCCAAGGAUGAACCAGACCUGUGGAGGUCUACAUUUUUUUUCUUCUGAGGUCUUGGCUGAUUUCUUUUGAUUUUCCCAUGAUGUCAAGCAAAGAGGCACUGAGUUUGAAGGUAGGCCUUGAAAUACAUCAACUGGUACACCUCCAAUUGACUGAAAUGAUGUCAAUUAGCCUAUCAGAAGCUUCUAAAGCCAUGACAUCAUCUUUUGGAAUUUUCCAAGCUGUUUAAAGGCACAGUCAACUUAGUGUAUGUAAUCUUCUGACCCACUGGAAUUGUGAUACAGUGAAUUAUAAGUUAAAUAAUAUGUCUGUAAACAAUUGUUGGAAAAAUUACGUGUCAUGUACAAAGUAGAUGUCCUAACUGACUUGGCAAAACUAUAGUUUGUUAACAAGAAAUUUGUGGAGUAGUUGAAAAACAAGUUUUAAUGACUCCAACCUAAGUGUAUGUAAACUUCCGACUUCAACUGAAUGUGGGUGGAGCAAUGUCUACAUAAGGGUGCAAAUUAAACUCACCAAAGCUCUGACGAAGGCCUUGAGGCCGAUACGUGAAGUUUAAUAAAGAACAGUGAUACUAGCAAGAGCAGCAUGCAGGUUUCUAUUUUAUCUCUUAUUAUUGAAAUGACACCCACCCUGUAUUCAACUGCAUGUUGUGUCUCAACCGAGGGCUGGCAAAACACAAAAAUCUCAGGUUAUGUUAGGGUAGGCUAACAUCAAAGUGGUGACCUGAUCCUGCAGGUUCAUGCUCUACAACAUACGCAGAGUACGACCCUACCUUACACAGAAAGCGGCACAGGUCCUAAUCCAGGCACUUGUCAUCUCCCGUCUGGAUUACUGCAACUCGCUGUUGGCUGGGCUCCCUGCCUGUGCCAUUAAACCCCUACAAUUUAUCCAGAACGCUGCAGCCGUCUGGUGUUCAACCUUCCCAAGUUCGCUCAUGUCACCCUGCUCCUCUGCACACUCCACUGGCUUCCAGUUGAGGCUAGCAUCUACUACAAGACCAUGGUGCUUGCCUACGGCGCUGUGAGGGGAACGGCACCUCCUUACCUUCAGGCUCUGAUCAGACCCUACACCCAAACAAGGGCACUACGUUCAUCCACCUCUGGCCUGCUAGCCCCCAUACCUCUACGGAAGCACAGUUCCCGCUCAGCCCAGUCAAAGCUAUUCGCUGCUAUGGCACCCCAAUGGUGGAACAAGCUCCCCCUCGACGCCAGGACAGCGGAGUCACUGACCACCUUCCGGAGACACUUGAAAACCCUACCUCUUUAAGGAAUACCUGGAAUAGUAUAAAAGUAAUCCUUCUACCCCCCCCCCCCCCCCCCACAUAAAAAAAAAAGUGGUUGUCCCACUGGCUAUCAUAAGUUGAAUGCACCAAUUUGUAAGUCGCUCUGGAUAAGAGCGUCUGCUAAAUGACGUAAAUGUAAAUGGUAGGGUUUAAGCUACAACACAUGCGAAUAUGUACAAAAUAGGAGUUUACCUGUUUUUAGAUCAUUCGUGUUCAAGGUUAGAAAAUGUCAAUUUCUGUGAUAUAUAUUUUUUUUCAAGAAAUUAUAAAAUAGUUUGACAACCUUGUUUUCUAAGCUUUUAAAUGUUAUCAAACUCGACCAUUGAUCUUUUCCAGUGAUGAAGACAUGGAUGUCUCAUGGUAAGGUGAGGUAUGCAAAAUGGGUCAACUUUGAGCACCUUUAUCUCAAAUAAAAUAAAAUAAAAAUGUAUAUGCCACAUGCGCCGAAUACAACAGUUGUAGACAUUACCGUGAAAUGCUUAAUUACAGCCCUUAACCAACAAUGCAUUUAUUUUAAAAAAAAAAAGUAAAAUAAAAACGACAACAAAAAAGUGUUGAGGGGAAAAAAAGAGCAGAAGUAAAAUAAAACAACAGUAGGGAGGCUAUAUACAGGGGGGUACCGGUGCAGAGUCAAUGUGCGGGGGCACCGGCUAGUUGAGGUAAUAUGUACAUGUGGGUAGAGUUAAAGGGACUAUGGAUAAAUAAUUAACAGUAGCAGCAGCGUAAAAAGAUGGGGUGGGGGGGCAGUGCAAAUAGCCAUGAUUAGCUGUUCAGGAGUCUUAUGGCUUGGGGGUAGAAGCUGUUGAGAAGCCCUUUGGACCUAGACUUGGCGCUCCGGUACCGCUUGCCGUGCAGUAGCAGAGAGAACAGUCUAUGACUAGGGUGGCUGGAGUCUGUGCCAAUUUUGAAGGCCUUCCUCUGACACCGCCUGGUAUAGAGGUCCUGGAUGGCAGGAAGCUUGGCCCCAGUGAUGUACUGGGCCGUACACACUACCCUCUGUAGUGCCUUGCGGUCGGAGGCCGAGCAGCAGCCAUACUAGGCGGUGAUGCAACCAGUCAGGAUGCUCUCGACGGUGCAGCUGUAUAACCUUUUGAGGAUCUGAGGACCCAUGCCAAAUCUUUUCAGUCUCCUGAGGGGGAAUAGGCUUUGUCGUGCCCUCUUCACGACUGUCUUGGUGUGUUUGGACCAUGAUAGUUUCGUUGGUGAUGUGGACACCAAGGAACUUGAAGCUCUCAACCUGUUCCACUACAGCCCCGUCGAUGCUCAGUCCUCUUUUUUUCUGUGUAGUCCACAAUAAUCUCCUUUGUCUUGGUCACGUUGAGGGAGAGGUUGUUAUCCUUGGCACCACACGGCCAGGUCUCUGACCUCCUCCCUAUAGGCUGUCUCAUCGUUGUCGGUGAUCAGGCCUACCACUGUUGUGUCGUUGGCAAACUUAAUGAUGGUGUUGGAGUCGUGCCUGGCCAUGCAGUCAUGGGUGAACAGGGAGUACAGGAGGGGACUGAGCACGCACCCCUGAGGGGCCCCCGUGUUGAGGAUCAGCGUGACAGAUGUGUUGUUACCUACCCUUACCACCUGGGGGCGGCCCGUCAGGAAGUCCAGGAUACAGUUGCAGAGGGAGGUGUUUAAUCCCAGGAUCCUUAGCUUAGUGAUGAGCUUUGAGGGCACUAUGGUGUUGAACGCUGAGCUGUAGUCAAUGAAUAGCAUUCUCACGUAGAUGUUCCUCUUGUCCAGGUGGGAAAGGGCAGUGUGGAGUGCAAUAGAGAUUGCAUCAUCUGUGGAUCUGUUGGGGCGGUAUGCAAAUUGGAGUGGGUCUAGGGUUUCUGGGAUAAUGGUGUUGAUGUGAGCCAUGACCAGCCUUUCAAAGCACUUCAUGGCUACAGACGUCAGUGCUACGGGUCGGUAGUCAUUUAGGCAGGUUAUCUUAGUGUCCUUGGGCACGGGGAACUAUGGUGGUCUGCUUGAAACAUGUUGGUAUUACAGACUCAGUUAGGGACAUGUUGAAAAUGUCAGUGAAGACACUUGCCAGUUGGUCAGCACAUGCUCGGAGUACACGUCCUGGUAAUCCGUCUGGCCCUGCGGCCUUGUGAAUGUUGACCUGCUUAAAAGUCUUACUCACAUCGGCUACGGAGAGCGUGAUCACAUAUUCAUCCGGAACAGCUGGUGCUCUCAUACAUGCUUCAGUGUUGCUUGCCUCGAAGCGAGCAUAGAAGUGGUUUAGCUCCUCUGGUAGGCUUGUGUCACUGGGCAGCUCGCGGCUGUGCUUCCCUUAGUAGUCUGUAAUCGUUUUCAAGCCCUGCCACAUCCGAUGAGCGUCAGAGCCGGUGUAGUACGAUUCAAUCGUAGUCCUGUAUUGACUCUUUGCCUGUUUGAUGGUUUGUCUGAGGGCAUAGCGGGAUUUCUUAUAAGCGUCCGGGUUAGAGUCUCGCUCCUUGAAAGCGGCAGCUCUACCCUUUAGCUCAGUGCGGAUGUUGCCUGUAAUCCAUGGCUUCUGGUUAGGGUAUGUACAUACGGUCACUGUGGGGAUGACGUCAUCGAUGCACUUAUUGAUGAAAACAGUGGCUGAUGUGGUGUACUCCUCAAUGCUAUCUGAAGAAUCCCGGAACAUGUUCCAGUCUGUGCUAGCAAAACAGUCCUGUAGCUUAGCAUCUGCGUCAUCUGACCACUUUUUUAUUAACUGAGUCACCGGUGCUUCCUGCUUUAGUUUUUGCUUAUAAGCAGGAAUCAGGAGGGCGAGGGAGAGCUUUUUAUUCGUCUCUCUGUGUGGAGUAAAGGUGGUCUAGAGUUUUUUUUUCCUCUGGUUGCACAUUUAACAUGCUGGUAGAAAUUUGGUAGAAUGGAUUUAAGUUUCCCUGCAUUAAAGUCUCCGGCCACUAGGAGCGCUGCCUCUGGAUGAGCGUUUUCCUGUUUACCUAUGGCCUUAUACAGCUCGUUGAGUGCAAUCUUAAUGCCAGCAUUGGUUUGUGGUGGUAAAUAGACAUCUAUGAAAAAUAUAGAUGAAAACUCUCUUGGUAAAUAGUGUGGUCUACAGCUUAUCAUAAGAGGCUCUAUUUCAGGCGAGCAAAACCUCGAGACUUCCUUAAUGUUUUGGCAUUUAGGUCUAAAAGUCACUUUCUGACCACAUCUUCCAUGGCCAAACAUGUAUUGAACGUUUUGAUUAAAUCAAAAGGGAAGGCUGUCAAAAGGUGAUUCAAUUCAAAUGGAUUUACUUAUGUGCUUUGUGUACUUGUACUGUUUGGUAAGUUGCUUUUUCGCUCUGUUCGUAUUUUACAGACCCCUUUAUUCUUCCACACCAACAAGUAGACAAAGGGGCCAUCAAGUUUGUCUUAAGUGGAGCCAAUAUCAUGUGCCCUGGAUUGACGUCCCCAGGCGCCAAACUCUAUCCUUCUGCCUCAGAAACAGUAGUUGUAUCCUUCCUUUGACCGAUAUGCUGAUCAUGUACAAUGCCUUCAGAAAGUAUUCAUACACCUUGAUUUAUUCCACAUUUUGUGUUACAGCCUGAAUUCAAAAUGGAUUAAAUACUUUUUUCUCACACCCAUCUACACACAAUAUCCCAUAAUGACAAAGUGAAAACAUGUUUAGACAUUUUUGCAAAUGUAUUGAAAAUGAAAUGGAGAAAUAUCUAAUUUACGUAAGUAUUCAUACCCCUGAGUCAAUACAUGUUAGAAUCACCUUUGGCAGUGAUUACAGCUGUGAGUUUUUCUGGGUAAGUCUCUAAGAGCUUUGCACACCUGGAUUGUUCAAUAUUUGCACAUUUAUUCUGAAAAAAAUAAUUCAAGCUCUGUCAAGUUGGUUGUUGAUCAUUGCUAGACACCCAUUUAAGUCUUACCAUAGAUUUAAGUCAAAAUUGUAACUAGGCCACUCAAUGUCAUCUUGGUAAGCAACUCCAGUGUAUAUUUGGCUUGUGUUUUAGGUUAUUGUCCUGCUGAAAGGUGAAUUUUGUCACCCAGUGUCUGUUGGAAAGCAGACUGAACCAGGUUUUCCGCUAGGAUUUUGCAUGUGCUUAGCUAUAUUCCAUUUAUUUGUAUCCAAAUAAACUCCAUUGUCCUUGCCGAUUACAAGCAUACCCAUAACAUGAUGCAGCCACCACGAUGCUUGAAAAUAUGAAGAGUGGUACUCAGUGACGUGUUGGAUUUGCCCCAAACUUAAUGCUUUGUAUUCAGGACAUAAAGUACAUUUCUUUGCAUUUUUUGUUGUUGCAGUUUUACUUCAGUGACUUAUGCAAACAGGACGUAUGUUUUGGAAUAUUUUUAUUCUGUACAGGCUUAAUUAUUUUCACUCUGUCAUUUAGGUUAGUAUUGUGGAGUAACUACAAUGUUGUUGAUCCAUCUUCAGUUUUCUCCUAUCACAGCCAUUAAACUCUGUAAUUGUUUUACAGUCACCAUUGGCCUCGUGUGUAGGCCAGUGACACAAUCUCAAUUUAAUCGAUUUUAAAUUGAGGCUGUAACACAACUAAAUAUGGAAAAAGUCAAGGGGGUGUGAAUACUUUCUGAAGGCACUGUUUGUUCAGUACAACGUCUUACUGGGCCCGUAUUCUCAAAGUGUCUAAUAGUAAAAGUGGUUAUUUAGGAUCAGGCCCCGUCCAUGUAAUCAUAUUCAUUAUGGUCAUGAUGAUGCUUUCAGAAACUCAGGGGUCAGAGUUCCAGAGUUGGAAAUAGCUUACUAAUAGAUCGGCCCUCAAUAAGUCUGCGUUCCAAGUGGAAAACUCAGACCAGAAUGUUGAUACCCAAGUUUACGAGUUGUGACGUUUCAUCACUGACCUUCUAACUCUCUAACCAAAUGAUUGUAAAACAAAGCCAUUUACAAUGCAGUUUGACCCAUAUGGUCUACAGUGUGUUCAGAAAGUAUUCAGACCCCUUCCCUUUUUCCACAUUUUGUUACGUUACAGCCUUAUAAUGACAAAGUGAAAAUAUUGUUUUAUUUUUGUGCAAAUUUAUAACAAAUAAAAAUACAGAUACCUUAUAUACGUAAGUAUUCAGACCCUUUGCAAUUAGACUUGAAAUUGAGCUCAGGUGCAUCCUGUUUCCAUUGAUCAUCCUUGAGAUCUUUCUACAACUUGAUUGGAGUCCACCUGUGGUAAAUACAAUUGAUUGGACAUGAUUUGGAAAGGCACACACCUGUCUAUAUAAGUUCCCACAGUUGACAGUGCAUGUCAGAGCAAAAACCAAGCCAUGAUGUCGAAGGAAUUGUCCAUAGAGCUCUGAGACAGGAUUGUGUCAAGGCAUAGAUCUGGGGAAGUGUACCAAAACAUUUCUACAGUAUUGAAGGUCUCCAAGAACACAGUGGCCUCCAUCAUUCUUAAAUGGAAACGUUUUGUAACCACCAAGACUCUUCCUAGAGCUGGCCGCCUGGCCAAACUGAGCAAUCGGGGGAGGAGGGCCUUGGUCAGGGAGGUGACCAAGAACCUGAUGGUCACUCUGACAGAGCUCCAGAGUUCCUCUGUGGCCAGAGGGAAGCCACUCCUCAGUAAAAGGAACAUGACAGCUCGCUUGGAGUUUGCCAAAAGGCACGUAAAGGACUCUCAGACCAUGAGAAACAAGAUUCUCUGGUCUGAUGAAACCAAGAUUGAACUGUCUGGAGGAAACCUGGCACCAUCCCUACGGUGAAGCAUGGUGGUGGCAGCAUCAUGCUGUGGGGAUGUUUUUCAGCGGUAGGGACUGGGAGACUAGUAAGGAUCGAGGGAAAGAUGAACGGAGCAAAGUACAGAGAGAUCCUUGAUGAAAGCCUGCUCCAGAGCACUCACGACCUCAGACUGGGGCGAAGGUUCACCUUCCAACAGGACAACGACCCUAAGCACACAGCCAAGACAAUGCAGGAGUGGCUUCGGGACAAGUCUCUGAAUGUCCUAGAGUGGCCCAGCCAGAGCCUGGACAUGAACCCGAUCAAACAUCUCAGGAGAGACCUGAAAAUAGCUGCGCAGAGAUGCUCCCCAUCCAACCUGACAGAGCUUGAGAGGAUCUGCAGAGAAGAACGGGAGAAACUCCCCAAAUACAGGUGUGUCAAACUUGUAGCGUCAUACCCAAGAACAUUUUCACAAAUGUCUAAAAACCUGUUUUUGCUUUGUCAUUAUGGGGUAUUGUGUGAGCAUUGAAAAGGGAAGGGAAAACUGUUCUGACUUCAAAAGCACUCGAAUGCAUUCAUGUCUUAGCUAUGACUCACCAACUGGGAGCUAACGAGUUCCUGAGAACCUUCCAAAUGCACCAUUAUGUCUGCCUGUAAUUGUCAUACACUAACAUUGGUGUUUUGACACUUCCGGUCAGUAUCAAGUGCAUGUGAGUUGGUGUUUCCUUGACAAUUCGUUUCAGGCCAUAAUGGCGGAGGGCAAGCAACAGGCGCUUUGUGUCGGAGUCAUGAAGAUGUCUGCAGAAAAUAUGUAAUUAUCACAUGAUUUUUCCUAUUUACACCACAGAAAUGUACUUGUACACAUACACUACAUCACCAAAAGUAUGUGGACACCCCUUCAAAUUAGUGGAUUCGGGUAUUUCAGCCACACCCGUUGCUGACAGGUGUAUUAAAUGGAGCACACAGCCAUGCAAUCUCCAUAGACAAACAUUGGCAGUAGAAUGGCCUUUUUGAAGAGCUCAGUGACUUUCAAUGUGGCACCGUCAUAGGAUGCCUCCUUUCCAACAAGUCAGUUUGUCAAAUUUCUGCCCUGCUAGAGCGGCCCAGUCAACUGUAAGUGCUGUUAUUGUAAAGUGGAAACGUCUAGGAGCAACAACGGUUCAGCCGUGAAGUGGUAGGCCACACAAGCUCACAGAACGGGACCGCCGAGUGCUGAAGCGCGUAAAAAUCGUCUGGCCUCGAUUGCAACACUCACUACCGAGUUCCAAACUGCCUCAGGAAGCAACGUCAGUCCGACGGACGAAUCUGGGUUUGACGGAUGCCAGGAGAACGCUACCUGCCCAAAUGCAUAGUGCCAACUGUAAAGUUUGGUGGAGGAGGAAUAAUGGUCUGGGGCUGUUUUUCAUGGUUCGGGCUAGGCCCCUUAGUUCCAGUGAAGGGAAAUCUUAACGCUACAGCAUACAAUGACAUUCUAGAUGAUUCUGUGCUUCCAACUUUGUGGCAACAGUUUGAGGAAGCCCCUUUCCCGUUUCAGCAUGACAAUGGCCGUGUACAAUGCGAGGUCCAUACGGAAAUGGUUUGUCGAGAACUUGUCGCCCAACAUCAGUGCCCGACCUCACUAAUGCUCUUGUGGCUGAAUGGAACCAAGUCCCCAAAGCAAUGUUCCAACAUGUAGUGGAAAGCUUCCCAGAAGAGUGGAGGCUGUUAUAGCUAAUGUUCCCUCUAAGCUGCGUGUGCAGCUCCUCCGGGACUGCAGCACAGAAAUGUCAGCCCACAGAGAGAAUCGCGAGAUUGAAUAAAAUAAAAUAGGAAUAAAAUAGGAACAAGGCUUUAUCAUUGUUGCUUUUUACAGAAAUGUUUGGCGAAAGACUAGGAAUGCCUUGGAGAUCGACCAGUCUAUCUUGAUCGACCAGUUGGUGACCACUCCUCUAGAAAGUUGGUCAGUCUCCCAGUCCCUACUAGUUUGUCAGAGGAGUGGUCACCAACUGGUCGAUCAAGAUAGACUGGUCGAUCUCCAAGGCAUUCCUAGUCUUUCGCCAAACAUUUCUGUAAAAAGCAACAAUGAUAAAGCCUUGUGUUCCUAUUUUAUUCUAUUCGUCUCUGGCUGUUGGUGGUAGGCGCACCCGAUUCAGCUGCCCUGCGCACUGGGUAGACGAACUGUUGCCAUUUGGAACCAUUUAAUGUGUCUGAAGGUACAAACUCUGCCUUCCCGGCGGACCUUGAGAGCAAAUUAAGUGCACUAUAGGCCUACCGCUGUCCAAUCGGCUGGCUCAAAUGACUGUGUCUGCACUAAGGUAGCAGGCAUAAAAGAAAGCUACAGCAAAGUUGAUACGGUGAGAUUUCAAAACGUUUAAAACCAUGACUAGAGAGAGACUGUCAACGAAUACAGCAAAGAGAUGCUUAUUUUAUGAGGGAGUUCAUGUUUAACUUCUUACUCAUUACUGUUAUAAAAUGUGCGCUUUUCCUAUUUCCACUCAGCACUAAAACCAAUAUUGAAUAUUGAGGAAUAUUUAACUUUCUCUGUUCAUAGGAGUAAUAACAUGAAUUUGUGCAUGAGGCAGAAAUAAUGUGGUGUGACUCGAGUUUCGCCAUCAUCUGGAAGAGGCUGUCCCUUUUUGGUCGGUAUCAGUGGAGGAAAGGGAGAGCGGAGGGAUGUUGAAAGGUGGACCCUUAGUCUGCUGCGCUCUCCCUCCGUUGAGACUGACCAUGAGAUGCAGGCACCAUCAGCCCAGUAAAAUAAAAAGCAAAUUAUUUAAAUGUAUGCUCAUUCAGCUGUGCUUCACAAGUAAUACAACAACGGAUCUAUUACCAGUGUGAUCAUAUAGCCUACCUCAAAUUUAGAAAUGUAAUUGAAAAAAAUUGCCUGAACAACAAUGCAUUGGCAGGGCAAUUCUUGCAUCAAACAGCACAACAUUUUCAGUCACCUGCACUGCAUGUUUUUUUUCUUCUCAAAAGUCUCAUGGAAUGUAAACCUGCAUUGAACACCCACACAUUGGCUGCUACUGUAGGCUGAAUGAUAGAACAGCUAUGUCCAUGUUAAAAUGUUAUGGGAUGCAUGUUCUCAAUUGUUUUUGAUGGUAGGCCACUCUGGUAGGCCUACAUUAUGAUCAAAUAGCCACAGUAGCCUGCAUGGCCACUGUUAAAACAGUCACUUAAAGCGGGUACACCCUCAGUGUUCACAGUAAACACGUGCUGGAAGUUGCAUUGAAUUUUCACAACUGUAAGUUUGGGCUCAGCAGACCUGAAAUUAGCUCAAUACCGAAAUCUUUUUGAGGGAACAUUGGUUAUAGCAGCAAAGGGGGGGACCAACUUCAUAUUAAUGCCCAUGAUUUUAGAAUGAGAUGUUCGAAAAGCAGGUGUCCACAUACUUUUGGUCACGUGUACUUGUAUAUACUACUGUACGCGUAUAAACUUUCCUGACGCUCAUUCCGCUUCACUUUUUGUGAACAGAGAGAAAGUCAACAAGGGAGUAGGAGUUGAAAAUGUUCAUUAUCUUAAUGACGGACUGUGGCACAUGAAGAUGUAUAAGUGAGAUGUCGUUACCCAACCCCCUGGACCACAUGGAGCUCUUGACAGCGAGGCUGCCAGUCAAUUGUUUACACCAAUGGACUUCGUUGUGUAACUAGCUGGAGGCUAUGAACCAAUCUAAUUGAUGCACAAAUAAAAACCUGCAUUAAAGUUAUUUUCCAUUCUUUUGCACUGCCUUUACAUUUCAUGGUUUCUUUGCUAAAGUCGUUGGGACUCACUUGCUACCAGGAGAAAAACAUCUGAAAUGGAUUGUAGAUCAUAGUACCAUGUAUAUGCUGUUACAUGUAUUUAUGACAUUAAAUCAAUAAAGAAUACUCUUUGGCGAGUUGGA